CAGCUGUCGAUUACCGGCCCCGGCUGGAGAUUGCGAUCGCCGAGGAACAGUGACAGGGGAGACCACCGACAUGCUGCUUUGUAUUGCUCUGCAUAGCAAUACAAAGCAGUAUGUUUCCCUAGUAAAACACACACAGCACACAUUAAAAAACAGCACACAGCACAUAGGUAAACCUUUGAUUGCCCCACAUGUUAUCCCCUUCCUGCCCAGUGUCAUUAGUACAGUGUCAGUGCUUUUUAUUAGCACUGAUCACUGUAUUAGUGUCACUGGGGAUGUCAGUGGCAGUUUGUCCGUUACCCUCCAGUGUCAGAAUGCCCACCGCAGUCCCGCUAUA